CUACUGUGCUUGGAAUUCGAAGAGUUGAUUCUUCUCACCAACAAAGUGCAUAAAUCAGAAAUCAGCGCCGCAAUUACAAGAUUUCUGAAGUUUUGAACAAUUAUUAAUUAAUUAUAUAAAUUAAAUUUUGUGCUUUUGUUUUUCGGGUUGUCAAUCUAGCGACUGUCCUUCUUCUAAUUUUCAUCUGGAUUACACACGAAUCUUUGUCCGACUCUUUAUUCUGUUUGUCUUCCUUGUUAACAAUAAUAUCGAAAAUUAUAUAACAAACUGUUUUUUUAAAAAACAGGGCUUUGUUCUUACUUCUAUAAACUAUUGCUGGACAAAAGUAUACUGUUGAAUUUAUCAAUUACUGUAUUAGCUUUACCAUAGGAUAAAGCCUUUGAUUGAAUCCUUUUGAAAUUUACUAUAACUGGUAAUGUAUUAAAGGUUUAGUUGAUGAAUUCGCGUUUUUUGUCCGCCUGAUACAAUUUUGCAUUCCUUCUAUAAUUUUUUUUUGUUCAUUUCUUCAAAAUGACUGGCAUAUUUCAUACUAUUCGUGAUCCUUCAUUUCCUGGACAUACGCCAACAUCCAGUAAUGUAUCAAGCGAGGUCCCAAUAGUUAUUGACAAUGGAUCCUGGCAACUUCGUGCUGGAUGGGGUGGAGAAAAAGAUCCUAGGCUACAAUUUGACAACCUUAUGUCCAGAUACAGAGACAGAAAGCUUUCUAGAACUUCCACGCUUGUAGGAAAUGAUACGUUGAUUGAAGUCGGUGCUCGUUCAAUAGCACGAUCUCCUUUUGAGCAAAAUGUUAUUAACAACUGGGACGUCAUGGAAAGUGUACUUGAUUACACAUUUUUAAAACUAGGGAUUGAACAUCAAGAUCAUCCGAUAUGUAUGACUGAACCUUUCAUGAACCCGACAUACAGUCGCUCAACCAUGACUGAGCUACUAUUUGAGUUAUACCAAGUUCCUUCAGUUGCAUAUGGUGUCGAUGGUCUUUAUUCAUUUUAUCAUAAUGCUGGUAAAGAGUCCAGCGGUAUAGCUAUAAACCUUGGGUAUUCAAGCUCUCAUGUUUUGCCUGUCUUGGAUGGACAGAAACUUGCUCAUGAAGCCAAGCGCGUCUCUUGGGGUGGUGCUUCGUCAUCGUCGUACUUGCUCCGUCUUUUCCAGAUGAAAUAUCCUUUUUUCCCAAUCAAAAUGCUUCCUUCUCAAGCUCAAUCCUUAAUGCAUAAUUACUGCCAUAUAUCUUCAGAUUAUAAUGCUGAGAUUGCUCAUGCAUUGGAUAAGGAUGUUCUAUCUCGAGAAGAUGUCGUUUUACAAUUUCCUUACGCGGAAGCAGUAGCUCAAGAAAAAUCUCAAGAGGAACUUGAGCAAAUUGCAGAAAGAAAAAGAGAAAGUGGACGACGACUUCAAGCUCAAGCCGCGAUUAAAAGAAAAGAAAAGGCUGCAGAGCGGGAAAAAGAACUUAAUACGCUUCAACGCUUACAAGAACAAAGUGGUACUCUUUCAAAAAGAGAGUAUCAAAGGGCAUUACAAGAAGCCGGAUUUUCCGAUGAAGCUCAAUUAAAGGCUCAAUUGAAGAAUGUCCAAUCUAGAAUUCGUAGGGCGGAACGGGAUGCUUUGCGUCAACAGCAGAAUCAGCAAGAGGAUACUGAAGCCGAUCUUGCAGAUGUAGAUGUAGAGCAAGCAUUUCCUUUGGUGAACGUACCAGAUUCUGAAUUAGAUGAAGCCGGGCUUCGUCAAAAACGGAAUCAGAAACUUUUAAAGGCAAACUAUGAUGCAAGGAUGCGGGCUAAAGCCGAUAGAGCAGUAGAGGAAGCUAUUUUACAUGAAAAACAGGAAGCUGAUGAGCGACUUCGAAAGGAAAGCUUUUCCGUCUGGGUUAAGCAGAAGCGUGAAUUGCAUAAACACCUAUUAGAUAAGAUUCAGGAAAAUCGAAGACUGAAACUUGAGCUCAACGACCGUAAGUCGCAUACUUCACAAAUGAGAAUGAAAAGUCUGGCUACAUUAGCUAGUGAACCGGUUCAGAAAAAAAGGCGAAAGGGACAAUCAGAAGAUACUUUUGGUGCCAGUGAUGAAGACUGGAAGGUUUACCAUGAUGUCUUAAACGCUGAACAGUUAGAAGAUGAAGGAAACCGUUUAGUGGAGGAAAUUUAUGCGUUGGAGAAACAGCAACUGGAAUAUGAUCCUUUGUUUCGCCAGGAAAAUACAUACGAUGCUCUUAACGAUCCCAAGAGUACUUUACUCUAUGCAUUCACACGAGGAGUCAGUCCUUUUGAUCCGGAGAGUAUUGCUCAUUCGUUCCAAUUACAUUUCAACAUUGAACGCUUGAGAGUUCCAGAAGUACUCUUUACUCCUAGUAUUGUUGGCUUAGACCAGGCCGGAAUUGUUGAGAUCGUUCGCGGCAUUUUGCAAAGACAUACCCAGGAAGAAAGCGACAAACUUAUAAAGAAUAUUGUCUUAACUGGUGGUCUUUCAAAAUUUCCUGGAAUCUCUAAACGUGUUGAAAAUGAGUUAAUGAGUGUAUUACCUGUUGGUUCUCCGUUGAAUGUAUAUAGUGCGUCCGAUCCUUUGUUGGAUGCAUGGAAAGGAGCUUCUGAAUGGAGUGUUACUGAAGAAUUUAAAAAAAUAUCUAUAUCUCGAGCCGAGUAUCAAGAAAAAGGACCUGAUUACCUGAAAGAGCAUGCAUUUGGUAAUCCUCUUCCUUGAUUGUGAAACCAAUACUUUCACGAAUGAAAAAUUAUAUAUUACCUGAAUUAUGAUAGAACUUAUUAAAUUACAUUACAAAAACAGGAUAUUUCUGACAAACCUAUUUGACUUCUAUAAAUUGUAC